AUGGCGCGGCGCCGCGUGCGCGGCGGCCUGCGCCUGCUGCUGGUGCUGCUGCUCGCGGCGCCCGCGUCGGCGGAGGGCGUGGAGGGCCAGCCCAGCCCGGCCGACAAGCUGCAUGCGUCGCUCCUGGUGCUGCCCCUGCUGCCCGUCCUGGCGUGCCUGGCCCUGCGGCCGCGCGCCACGGCCGCCGCCGCGCUCCUGUGGGGCCUCCUCUGGGCGGUCUGGGCCGUCGAGGAGCUGGCCAAGGGUAGGGACGUGCUGUCCCUCGCGCGGGAGCGCACGGACCGCGCCGCCGAGACUCUUCAGGCGGCCGCGGUGGCCCUCUGGAGCCUGGCCGUGGCGUGGCUGCAGCUCGCCUUCCCGCUGUACAAGGACCUCUGCAGGGCGCUGUCCUGGCUCCUCGCGCAGCUCCUGGGCGCCGCCGUGCGGUUCGGCCAGAGGCUCACCUGGGAGGACGUUGUCCUCUUCCUGCUGUUCUGUGUCUUUGUGUACGGCGUGUGGGUUGUCCUGCAGCAUUGCAUCAUGGGCGCGCGGGCAUUCAGGAGCAAGGUGGAGGAGACCAAGAAGAAGGCAGGGGAGAUCAGGUGCUGCGGCGCAUGCAGGGGCUGGUGCGCCCGGCAGGGGGACAGAGCCGCUGGGUUCUGCCAGGAGCUGCGAAGGGUUCUCCCCACGGCGUUGUUUCACCUGUCCUUCUUGGUCGUGGGCUACCUGAGCUGGUGGACGCUGAGGGAGCUGCCGAGCUGGUCGUCCAGCAUCGUCUGGUUCUUCCAGUGCCCCCUGCCGUUCGCAGAGAGUCUGCGAGCGUUCUUCGCACUGCAGAGGCACAAACGCAAGAGGGAGAGGGAAAGGCUGGAGAGGUCCGCCAAGGCCAGACCCGCACGACCCUCCUUGUGGGGGAUUUUCGUAAGUCAGGAGCCGGGGAGCCAGGACUCGAGUGCGCUUGUGGAACGCGACGCUGAGCAGGACGUUCUCGAUUCAAAGGUGCGCGUAUGGCUGCAGUUCUGGGCGUGCUGGCCGUUUCUCAACACCUUGAGUGUUCUGCGCGACGCGGUUCCGGAGCAGCAGUCCUCGUCUUUUGACGGGCUGGUGCUCGAUCUGACGCUGCUGUUGCAGUGGUGGGGUUGGAGCCUGCUUGCCCCGUACAUGAUAUCCUUCUGCGGCACUCUCACCACCAAGUUGGCAGACCUGCUUCGCAUGGUCUCCUCCAAGCUGUCGGCGAGGUCUGCGGUCACUGCCGUCAAUGUGGCUGGGCAGUCCAGGAGCUGGCUGGUAAGCUUGGGGGAGGCUUGGGGGCCACGGCUGGUGGCAGCUGCCGCGGCGGUGAUGGUGGUGUAUCUAUUGUGGCAGGUGGUUUCGAUAGUCAGUUGGGUGCUAACUUAUCUUUUGCUCUGGAUCGUCGCUGCCGAUUGCGCGGCCAAGGUGGCAGGGAAGAGCCCAGAGUGCGUCACGCGACUGGCAUUCUGGAUCCUGCUGAUGGCCUGGAUGGUGCUCUCCUCGAUCCCCGUGCUCAGCGUGUUUCUAAUGAUGUGGACGCCAUUGGCGGCGGCGUUCGCGUUCGUGGUUGGAGAGUGGGUGCUCGACCAGUCCAUCGACUUCACGCUGGACGCGGUCGCCAGCUGCCUCGACUGCCUCAGCCGCCCCUCCCCUGGGCCGCCGGGGCCCCGCGAGUCUCCGCGGGGGCCGGCCGAGCCCCUGCUGGCCGAGGCCGAGGCCGAGGCCGCGGCCGGCGUCGGCCGAGGCGGGCCGGACUCCGAGCCGGCGCCGCAGCCGCCGCCGGGCGCCGAGGGCUCAGACGUCGAGGCGCCCUGUGAGAGAUAG